CAACAAGUUUUAUACAAUUUAUCUUAUCGUCGUAUUAUCUUAGUUGCGUUGUGUUUAUAAGAAUGUACAAGUAAUAAUAUUUUGUAUUGUGUAUAUUCAGAUUUCAGAUCGUUAUUACGUAAUGGCUCGCAACAUCCUUAAAUUGGGAGCUCUGGAGGCUCAAAAAACUGCUUUCCUCCUAUGUGACAUUCAAGAAACCUUUCGACCUCAUAUAAAACAUUUCGGCGAAGUUGUUAAAGUGGCGAAUAAAAUGGUUGCAGCAGCAAAAGUGUUCAAUAUCCCGUUAUAUGUUUCCGAGCAAUAUCCAAAAGGUUUGGGUCCUACCACAAAAGAUAUUAACAUAUCUGAGGCAGCUUUAGUUUACGAAAAGACUAAGUUUUCCAUGUAUACUCCAGAGCUGCAGGAAAAGCUAAAGAAAGACAUACCUAAUUUGAACUCGGUUGUAUUGUUUGGGAUUGAAGCCCAUGUUUGUAUAGAGCAGACAGUGAUUGAUUUACUGAGUGAGGAUAUCAAUGUUCAUAUUCUGGCUGAUGGUGUAUCUUCAAGAUCAUUAAUGGAUAGAGGGUUAGCACUACAGCGGAUGCAAUCAUUGGGAUGUUUUAUAACAACAUCAGAGAAUGUCUUGUUCAAGUUGCUACGAGAUAAGAACCAUCCCGCUUUCAAACAUAUAUCUAAACUUAAUAAAGUGCCCACAGUUGAUAUUCUAGGUUAUGAUAUCACUUCUAAGCUGUAGAAAUAUGUAAGCGUUUCCAAUCCAUAGGUUGUUUUGUUGGUACAUCAGAAAACGUGUUAUUCAAACUAUUACGAGACAAGAAUAGUCCUGCUUUCAAACAAAUA